UACUACAACAACCAUGCUCGCACAGGCGCAUUGCGGCGUGAGAUCGUUUGCUAAGCGCAGCGCGGUGGUUUCGCCUGGCUUGUGUGAUCGGACUCCCGAGAGGGCAUUCCUGGCAACGUUUGCGAGCGAGAUAGAAACAAGCAGUCCACUAUAUUGUUCGAUCAAUGUUUCCCCCCGGAUUGGGGAUUUCUAACGGGAUAUAAGUUCGUCGAAAGUGCGAAAACGUCGAGAGGCAGCAGAGCUGUGACCCACUUCCCCUGUCCCCGCCUCACUGAUCCCCUGAUGCCCUGUGAGUCAACACACACGCGGACCACGCCCGAUUCACCUGCACAGCUAACGCCAGGAGGAGAUCUGCCCAGAGCCUGAGAGAAGAGAGACGGCCUACUGUGUAACUGGGCAUAUGACAAGCAGGGUCUCACCCUCCCAGUGAAAGCGAUGUGUGUGGGAGGUGGAGGCCACAGCAUCAGCAGAGUGUGUGUGGGGCUCCUCUCCCACUCCCCUACCCCCCACCCUGGCACGGGAUGCCAGCCCACUUCCCCCCUGCCUUCUGUCCUGCCCUGAGCUCUCUUGGGGCGCCAUGAACACCUACAGAGAUAGAGGGGUCACCUGCACCUCCUCAGACCUGCUAGAGAGGGGUGGAGGGGGAGGGCCUGGGUCCCUCCUCACACAACAUGCCGCCUUCCACCUCACCCUCAACGGCCACCCUGCCCCCUCCUCUGACCCAGCCACCCAAUCCCGUGUCUCCGUUCCCAAGAUGGGCGUCCGCGCCCGUAUUGCUGAGUGGCCACCGCGCCAUGCGCAAUCGAGGGAGUCGCUCCUGGAGAACGGGCAAGGCGCUAAUCACCAUGGAGACGACCCUUCCACGACGACCUCCUCCGCAUCUUUCCCCAUCUCCGAGGUCGGGCUGGUGCGGGGAGGAGUGGCUCGUUUACCGAGGCGACGCACAAAGGAUGUGGAGUUCCGUGGUGGGUACGGGGGUGGAAGAGGGUCUCCCGUAGGCCUGCGUGCCUUCCCCCCGUUACGGCAGCGCUCCAACAGCGAGGUGACUCUGAGCGAGCAGGAUGAGAACGAGGUGGAAGGUCGUGGAGGUGCUAAUCUGUUCCGGGAGUACGGCAGCACCUCCUCCAUCGACGUGCAGGGCAUCCCCGAGCAGAGCUUCUUUGACAUGCUCAGCCAAUUCCACCAGGAGAGGCCCGACCAGCGCAGCACUGCCCCCAUACACCUGGGGGAGCAACUGUACACCAACUCCCCUCCCUCGGCACCCCUCCCCACGGGCCACUCCCCCAUCCCCACACCCCGGGGGGAGGAUGGAGGGAUGGGACGGUCGGAGAACAGGGUGAGGAAGAAGAGUGGGGGGACAGACUCGUCUCUGGGGACAUCCUCUCUGUUCCGGAAGCUCCGCAGCUCCAGCAGAGGGGAGCUGGACAGAGGGGAGGCGGGGGAGGACGGGGGAGGCCGUAACUCUACAGAUACCCCCUACAAACCCUGGGUGUGCCCCAAGAGCUUUGUCCACUACGACGCCCAGAGCAUCCUGUUUGACCUCCAUGAGGCUGCUGCUCAGCGUGCGUAUGUAUCCCAGCGGAGGAACACUGCCACCGGGGCAUCGGCGGCCUCCGUCUCCCUGGCUGUGUCACGGUCCUCAGCUCUGAGUGGGUUGGACGCUACCUACUCCAGCGUUGAGGACCUGACGCUAGGUCUCGACCCCAGCGCGCCCACCCCCUCCCUGGGCGUGGACCCUCUGGACGGCCCCCCCGGUGGCCCCACCUCCAGUCUGCUCCUCCUCAGCUGCCCCCACUUCCGCAACGAGACGGGGGGACACGGGGAGCGCAACGUCAGCUUCCUGAGCUCCUCGGCCGAGCGGGGAGGGGAGGGGGGCGCGGGUGACCUGGCGAGGGGCAGCCUCCGGCGUAGCAACGCCAGUGUGUCGGUGGUGGAGGUACCCAUCGAGCAGCAAGUCACCCGAAUGGACAGGCUGAAACUCUAUAGCAUCGAGCACGUGGACCUGGGGGCACGCUACUACCGAGACUACUUCCACGGGAAAGAGCACUCAAACUACUUUGGCACGGACGACAAGCUGGGUCCGGUGGCUGUGAGUAUCCGCAGGGAGAAACUGGACGACACUAAAGACCUGAAGGACCAGUACCAGUACCGCAUCAUCGCCAGAACCAGUGAGCUGGUGACGUUGCGGGGGUCCAUCCUGGAGGAUGCGGUGGCCUCCACGGGAAGGCACGGCACGGUGCGGGGUCUCCCCCUGAAGGAGGUGCUGGAGCAGGUGGUCCCGGAGCUCAGUGUGUCCUGCCUGCGCCUGGCUCUCAGCACGCCCAAGGUCACCGAGCAGCUCCUCAAACUGGACGAACAGGGGCUGAGUCAGAAGCACAAGGUGGGAGUGCUGCUGUGUCGGGCAGGGCAGAGCACCGAAGAGGAGAUGUAUAACAACGAAGAGGCCACGCCCGCCUUCUCUGCCUUCAUGGACCUGCUAGGGGAGCAGGUGUGCCUCCGAGGCUUCACCAACUACGCCGCCCAGCUGGACACUAAGACUGACUCGACGGGAACCCACUCCCUGUACACCACCUACCAGGGCUAUGAGGUCAUGUUCCACGUGUCCACCAUGCUGCCCUACAUGCCCAACAACCCACAGCAGCUCCUGAGGAAGAGGCACAUAGGGAACGACAUCGUCACAAUAAUCUUCCAGGAGCCGGGAGCGCUGCCCUUCACCCCUCAGAACAUCCGCUCCCACUUCCAGCACGUGUUCGUCAUCGUCCGCGUGCACAACCCCUGCUCCGACGGCACUUGCUACAGUGUGGCUGUGACGCGCAUGAAGGACGUGCCUCCCUUCGGCCCGCCCAUCCCCAGCGGGGUGACGUUCCGUGACCCUGAAGCCUUCCGCAACUUCCUCUUGGCCAAGGUGAUCAAUGCAGAGAGCGCCGCGCACAAGUCCGAGAAGUUCCACACCAUGGCCACGCGCACGCGACAGGAGUACCUCAGAGACUUAGCCGAGAACUGUGUGAGCAGUACGCCGCUCGACUCCGCGGGCAAACUCAACAACCUCAUCUCGCUGGCGUCGAAGAAGAGAGAGCGGGCACGGGCGAGGGAGGGGGCCGAGUUGGGAGCGGCCGGGGCGGUGGCGUGGAGGGUGCUGGCCCAGGACUUCAGUGGCGGCGGGACGGAGAUCUCCUGCGCUCUGGGCGUGUCGGCAGAGUACAUCCUCCUGGCAGACUGCAACACCAAGGAAGUGGUGUUCAACUGCUUCUGCGUCGACGUGAUCGGCUGGAUGCCGGAGAGGCUGGCGCUGAAGAUCUUCUACGGGAGAGGAGACCACAUCGCCGUCAGAGUCCCCGAGGGCUUUGCUCAGGACAUCAGGGAGGUGGUGCAGAGGUUAAAGGCGCUGACGGUGGGCUGUGAGACUGUGGAUAUGACUCUGAGGAGGAACGGCCUGGGACAGCUGGGGUUCCACGUCAGGCUGGAUGGCACCGUGGCUGAGGUGGAGGAGUACGGCUUUGCCUGGCAGGCGGGGCUGAGGCAGGGCAGCCGGUUGGUGGAGAUCUGCAAGGUUGCCGCGGUAACCCUGACACACGAGCAGAUGAUCGACCUACUGAGGACGUCGGUCACCGUUAAAGUGGUGAUCAUACCGCCCUACGAGGAGGGAGGGCCCCGCAGGGGCUGCACAGAGGAGUAUGAGAUGAAGACAAUGGAGCAGAAGCCAGAGCCUGAGCCUGUGGCAGCAGGGUACCGGCCCUCCCCUCGCCCCCCCGAUUGGCGCUGGGACAGCACCGCCGGCCCUCCUGGCCUGCACAGCGCCCCCACCCCUCAGCGCUGGACCCCUAUGGGCCCCCCACCACCCCAACCCCGCUCACACAAGGCCAUGGUCAUGCCCGUCCCAUACAGGGAGCCCCAGCACCUCUCCAACAAGAGGCCAGUGAGUUUCCCUGAGAACCACUACUGCCUGUCGCCAGCGGGGGGCGACAGAGUGCUGCCCUACAGGAACCCCUCAGCCAGCUUCUCCUCCCCCUCUGGCCUGGGGGGCAUGGUGGCCCUGGGGGGCCCCGUACUCAGCGGGACCUUCAUACGCUACAAACCCUCACCUGACAGGUACGGUUCAGCCCAGCGCCCCCUGCUGGCCUACGAACCUCAUCUCAGUCUGGACAUCACCUCUAGUGGAGAGUCCUCCUCGGGCUUCACCAGCCAGGACAGCACUAUGGAGCGCUGCAAGACAGAGCCCCUAUGGCAUGUCCCAGCGUCAUCGUCUCGGGGGCAAGGAGGAGGAGGGCAGAGGAGACCCACCCGACAGGACGUCCCAGGGAAAGACUCCCCCAACAGACACUCAAAGGGUGAGACCCAGUACUCCAGCCACUCCAGCAGUAACACUCUCUCCAGUAACGCGUCCAGCAGCCACAGUGACGAGCGCUGGUUCGACGGGGCCGGGGGGGAGAGAGGAGGCCCGGGGGUAUCCGGGGGUUGCCUAGGCAACCUGGCUGAACCUGACCCCGACCCCCUCAGUAAGGGCGGCUCCAGCGACAGCGGCAUCGAUGCCCCCACCCUCUACAACACCAAGCCCGGCGGUCGCCACGGAAACCAGUCCAGCCAAUCACAGAAGCCCCUGCACUGUUCAGCAACCUAUAAUAGCGGGCUGCAGGACGUCUCUGGGGUGAGGGGCAACGGAGUCGAGGGGCGGAGACUAGAGUCGUCACCUGUAUUACCUGCCAAUCAGAACAAAGGAUACCGCACGCGUACCUUCCCUCCUCCAGGAUCCAACGUGGAGAAGCCAGACUCAUUUAAACCCAGGGCCUGCUAUACACCCCAGGGUUACAAGACCCCUGCAGCAGAGAAAUCACGGCCGGUCCGAGCCGCCACAGUCACGCCUAACUCUGCUCUACUCAGCUCCACCCCUCUGUCCAGCUCCGCCCCCAAGGCCUUAUACAGCAAGAGCAGACUGGGCGCCUGGCAACCAGACGACAACGCCCCCUCCCGUUCAAACACACCCACUACCUACAGCUCUGACAGUAACAGCAGCAGCAAGAAACAGGUGGACGUGAAUUCUAAGAACGUGUUCGGACAGCCCCGUCUUCGAGCAUCGCUAAGGGACCUGCGGUCUCCACGGAGAUCCCACAAGAGCACCGUCGAGGACGACCUGAAGAAACUCAUCAUCAUGGACAACCCUGGAGAGAUGCCACAAAGAGAGACGUCUCCUCGACACACUCUUCAGCGCACGUUCUCCGACGAGUCUCUGUGCAGCGGGCGCAGGGAUGCCAGCUAUGCCAACUCUGCCCCCCUGUUUGACCAGGGUACUCCCAGCGACCUGCUGUUCACCUGCACCCUACCCACCCGGCGCCAUGCACACUCUGCCAACCACAUGCCCAACAAGAAGGUCCCUCUGUCUGCAUCGGAGCUGUCUCUGACAGAGGUGAGGGAUAAGGUUCCCCCCCUGAGGAGGCUGGACCCGGGGCUCAUGCCCCUGCCUGACACUGCCUGUGGCCUGGAGUGGGCCAGUCUGGUCAACGCUGCCAAGGCCUACGAGGGUGAGUUGCAAAGGGCAGUGUCGCUCUUCUCGCUCAGUGAGCCUCAAGUUGGGGUUCCAGACAUGCGGCCGAUCAAGAGUCCAAUCCAAUUCCAAACACCUCAGACUCCACGCACUACCCCCACCUUCGGCGGGGAUGAGGUACCCAACGCCCUCUCGGGGCGACUGUACAGCCUAGAGGUGAUGCUGAAGCAGCUCAACACUGACCUGGAGAAGGAGAAGAAGGACAAAGUGCACCUGAUGGCUGAGAUGGCUAACCUGCGGCAGAAUAACCAGCGGCUGCAGGAAGAGAGCCACUCGGCCAGCGAGCAGCUUCGCAAGUUCAGCAUGCUCUUCACCGACACCCCGCAGAGGAAGUGAGCUCACACCGGACACAGGAAGUGACCUCGUAGAGAGCGUGCAAAAGCAUUCGCAAAGAGGACAUGUGACCUAAACCGGGGGGGGGGGGAAUAGAAUCAGCCACAGUGAGUUUCAUGCGUGGGGAAAUGAGUGGGGAAUAGAUUUGUCAGUGAGUCUGGUUAGGUAUGUGGAAGACAUGGGCAGUAGAGAAAAAAAACGAAUGCAAGUAAGUUAAGGUGUAACAUUAUGUACAAGAAAAUGUGUAACUUUUAAGCAUAAGAGGGGGAAAGAACCCCCCCACCCACAUUCUUACGUUCUAUCCUCCACCUGCUGCUUCUGUCACAUUCCAACCACACUAUCUCCCCUACUAUGGUAGGGGAGAAGAGGAGAACUUACCCCUCCACCACUCUGACCUGCUUUUUGGGAGAGGGACCUGCCGUUACCCCCGCCACCCUCUCUGUGGUGCACCUCCUACCCCCAGAAUCCCUGCCUCGCUCUGGGCUGGACGGACACAGGGGCUACAGAGAACCAAUGGAUCCCCAUUGGCUCAUCUGAAACCGAAUUGCCUAGACAGAAGAGCCUGCAAGUAGACACGCCUAUUUUUUUUUUACUCCCGCACACUGCACAAGCCGACUCCCUCAGGCUGUGCACCCAGAGGAAAUCCUUCUCUGUCCCUGCUUGUAGGUUUUUAUUUUUUGUAACUGAGGUCUUAUACACUCCUGCGUCAGAGCAGAGCCAAUAAUGAGGAGAGCUUUUAUUGAACUGUAGAACACAAAGAUCGCACGGCGAGGCCUAAUACUCUUCCUGAAGCGAAUCAGCCAAAAAAAAAGGACUCCAACUCCCAAAAUGCUCUGGGAGACGUGUGUUAUAAAAGAAAGGUACUGUACUUUUGCCUGUGUGAUUCAACAUAUAGCUUGAACACAUGUCUAUUGUACUGAUAUAACUGACAUAAUGAGGUGUGUAACUCGUGAAGGUGUGUAGGGUACAGCAAAUACUCCCACAAUGCAUUAAUCGCACAAAAUGGAGAGCUCUGGCGGUGUUAUUUUUUACCCUUCGUUGAGUGUGUGAUAGGCUGACACAGGGCAUUUCAGUUACGAGCAAGCUAUAAUAUGACAAGGUACGCCAGUGAUAUGAGACGAGCCUUCUCGUUCAGUUUAUGAAACGGAAUAUAGUGCCAUAAACUCAACGAUAGUAUCUCAAUGUCCAUUUUUGGUUAACAAUCCAUUUGAAAGGUAUUUACAAAUAUCCAAGCAGUAUGUUUUACAAUUUGUAGAAUUUGCAUAUUUCGUGGUUUUUGUUUUGGGUACCAGCUGCGGGUACACACCUGUGUGCAUUUAGAAAAGACUCAUAGAAAUGAUCUUUAAACACUGUAGCCGUUCGUGUGUGUGUGCGCGUGUGUGUGUGCUAGAAUGAAGGGGUAUUAUACAUUAAUUUAGCUAACAGACAGUCCUAGUGUCUGUAGAAUCAAACUCAACAAUUUAUACACAACUGUGAGACCUUUGCUAAAUGACGUAAAACGGAAGUAACUUAGCUUGGGGUGGUGGGUCUGUGUGAAACUUGUGGCCAUUUUGUAAAAAUGUCCAUCUGACAGGAAUACAGUCAAAUAAAUCAACACAAAUACACUAUAUUCUCACUAGCUUGGUUAUAUUCUUUACAGAAAGCAUUUUUCUUACAGCUUUGUGUCUUUGUGUCCGUUGUUUGUUAUGAAUGUGGGAUAAAUGGAGGGGAGCGUGGAGCUGGCAAAACCAACGGUGGGGGUUCCAAUUCUCGUUUGGGCCACAUCCAUUCCCAAAAAUUAUAAAAGGGUCUGCUGAAGGAGCAUAUGACUAUUUUUGUUCCAGUAAACGUAAGCCCCGAGCACAGUUAAGUACCCUUUCAUCACAGGCCCCCCUUUUCAGGAACCUUCUGCCCUGCCUCAACUGGAAUCCUUUCUUACCCUCACUACUCUCAGGACCUUUCAGACACCCCCUUUAAGAACUGUACUAUGUAUUGUUUUGUGUGUGGGCAUGUACCUGAACGGUGUCAACCCUUUUGUGGCUGGAUCAGUGGACAUUCACACGCAUGUGGCACAAAACACACUACUCAACACUGCCCCCCCCCCCCCACUCUUUCAAAAACAUCUGUACAUUGUUGAGAGACAUUACGUUUAGAUAAGAGCAACAUGUAUACAGACAUCUCUGUCUCCGUUUCUCUUCAUCUCACCAUCUCUGGUAUUUGCUCAUCACUGCCUCAUCCACAGACGCUGUUGUAGUCUGCCUCCCUGUGUCCUGUGAGCUGCCCAUCCUCCUCCAGCCAGUUAAAUCAUCUCGUCUUGGGCGAAACCAAGAGCAACUGAAACAACCCUACACACUCAUGUUAUCACUGAAGCUCAGAAAAUGUGCUGUGAUGUUGUUAUCUUCAAUGUCUUAAUCUUUAUUUUGUUUAUUAGUGUGUGGAGGGGUACGGGUGUUUUGAGGAUUUAGUUUUGAUAUAUUUGAUUUGAAGCAAACUGCAGUUCUACAUGUUGAACAUAGCUCGGUGCAUCGAUGUUGCACGUGCACAAAUCAGAAACGGUAAUACCGAAAUGUUAUGUUAUGUUUUAAUAUUUGUAUAAUUUAUUUUUGGCCACUUUUGCAACCUGAAAAAGACAAAAUAGUGAAAUGAAGAGGGCACGGUGUUUUUUAUUUCUAUGUAUUGCUGUUUGACUUUUAAAUCUUUGUUCAAGGCUGAUUUCUAUGAUGCUGUAUUGUUUUUAUGAUUUAAAUAGUUUUUCUGAGUUGGUGCGUUCCGCAUGA